CAAAAACAAAACUAAGUCUACUUCAACUCCCCAACUAACUCACCUCUCAAAAUUUCCUCUCUCCAUCUCAGCUAAAAAAUGUCGGUAUCGGAGACGAGGAGGUCUCCGGUGACAUUAUCGGAGACGAGGUCUCCGUUGCCGCUGUUGUUCCGACGACAUUCGAGUGGAGAAAUAAGAAACUUAGCUUCACUUUCAAGCAGUUUGUUGCCAGCUUUUGGAACUGUGAUGGGUGAAAAUUCUGUUAGGCUUAAGAGAUUUGUUAUUGCUCCUUAUGAUCGUAGAUACAGAUUGUGGCAAACAUUUCUGGUGAUACUUGUGGUGUACUCAGCAUGGGCAUCUCCUUUUGAGCUUGCAUUCAACAAAGCAUCGACUGGAGCACUCUUGCCUGUUGAUUUAUUGGUCGACGCCUUCUUUGCUAUUGACAUUAUUCUCACUUUCUUCGUUGCAUACUUGGACAAAUCUACUUACUUGCUUGUUGAAGAACACAAGAAAAUUGCUUUCAGGUAUGUCACACAUCUAUGGUUUCCAAUGGAUGUAGCUUCAACUCUACCAUUUCAAACCAUAUACCGGAUCAUCACUGGGAAAACGAGCCGAGCACAAGUCUUUGGCUUCCUCAACUUGCUAAGACUCUGGCGAUUGCGUCGUGUUAGUAAAUUCUUCUCAAGGUUGGAGAAGGACACUCGAUUCAGCUACUUCUGGACAAGAUACUGUAAACUUAUUUGUGUUGUGUUAUUUGCAGUGCAUUCAGCUGGAUGUUUCUAUUAUUGGCUAGCAACACGUUAUCAUAAUUCAGAAUCUACUUGGCUAGGAGCAAAUAUGCCUGAUUUCAAAACAAGAAGUAUCUGGGUAGGAUACACUUAUUCCAUGUAUUGGUCUAUCGUCACUGUCACAACAGUCGGCUAUGGCGAUCUUCAUGCGGUUAAUACGGAAGAAAAGAUAUUCACCAUAUUUUACAUGCUUUUCAACAUUGGACUUACUGCUUACUUAAUUGGCAACAUGACUAACCUUAUUGUCCACACCGCUGUCCGAACCUUCGCCAUGAGGGAUGCAAUCAAUGAAAUCUUGAGGUAUGCACAGAAGAAUAGACUUCCGGAAGGACUAAAAGAGCAAAUGCUGGCACAUUUAACACUGAAAUUCAAGACAGCAGAACUACAACAAGAACAAGUUUUAGAAAACUUACCAAAGGCUAUAAGAUCUAGCAUUUCACAGCAGCUCUUUCGUACAACCUUAGAAAAUACCAACCUUUUCAAAGGAGUCUCCGAAGAUUUUAUUGUCCAGUUGGUAUCAGAAAUAAAAGCAGAAUAUUUUCCACCAAAAGUGGAUAUCGUCAUUCAAAAUGAGAUACCAACAGAUUUCUACAUUAUCGUAUCUGGGGCCGUGGAUGUUGUAACUUACAAGAACGGAACGGAACAGUUUCUAUCGAAGUUGGGAUCUCAACAAAUGUUUGGGGAGAUAGGUGUGAUAUUCAAUAUCCCUCAACCUUUCACAGUGAGAACUAAGAGGCUUUCUCAGGUUGUACGUAUUAGUCAUCAUCAUUUCAAGCAACUGGUACAACCCCUUCAAGAAGACGGACAAAUAAUUCUCACUAAUUUUAUUCAGCAACUUAAGGCGUUGAAAAAUGAGGAGCUAGCAGAGAUGCCCCUAGUAUCAGAAUUUCUCGAUGACUUAAUUAGCGAGGAAGUCACAGGGAAUGAAGCCGGAACACAAGACCAUGCCGGUCAAGUCCAACAAGAUAAUGUGAUAUCCACAACUAGUCCUGCCCUGUCAAAAAAGCCUGCUACAAGGGUGAUAAUUCACGGAUAUCAUCCGGAUCAUAAACCUAAUAAAGGAGGAAAUGGAGGAAAACUAAUCCAUCUACCUGAUUCGGUUGAAAAUCUCCUAAGUAUAGCAGAAAGUAAGUUUGGGAAAAGAGGAACCACUAUUGUCAUGAAGGAUGGCUCUCAAGUGGAGGAUUUGGUAGCUCUACGAGAGGAUGAUCACUUGUAUAUUUUUUGAGAGAAAAAAAAAAGGGGGAUCUUAUAUCAAUACGAAACAAAUGUACUAAAGAAGUACACACAAUGUGUGUUGAUAAGCCAAAUCAUGAGAUAUGCAUAUGUUGGAGCUGGCAGAAAAUAUGUUAAUGAGAUGAACAAAAUAGCUUAGCAAUUCUGGAAACACAAUGGUGUUAUCAAUUAAUUAAUAGCUAUUUGUAAUUAUUUUCGCUUA